UCGGAGUUUAGCGCCCAUUUUUCAAUUUAUUUAUGACCAAAUUUCCGUUUUUUUAAAAUAUUAAUUUGUGCCCCGUGACUCCUCUCUCUGUCUUCGUUCAACUGGUACCAGAUCGAGAACCGGGCUCUACCUGAAAGCCCUAAUUUCCUGAGACACUGAUUCUUCUCCAAAGCCAGAGAUCUCCGUUGUAAUGCCAUUUUCAGGGAUGACUUAUGAUACGCCUUCUGUUAAUGGUGAUUCAAUGAGGAUGAGGAACUCAUCAGUGAGCUCGGCUGAUAGCACACCUCUACAUAAUGCUUUUGGCAAUUCUAAUGCCGAUGAUUAUGAUAGCGAUGGUUCAAAUUUCGCCCCCACUCCGAGGACCCUUUCUAUGUCAGUACCCCCCGAGCUGGCUGGUGCUGUACCUUUGCUUGACCGCUUCCAGGUAGAAGGAUUCUUGAGAGCCAUGCAGAAGCAGAUACAGUCUGCGGGAAAGCGUGGCUUUUUUUCCAAACGAUCAGUGGGACCACAAAUUCGGGAAAAAUUUACAUUGGAGGAUAUGCUUUGUUUCCAGAAAGAGCCCAUUCCAACUUCUCUUCUUAGAAUUAGCAGUGAUAUGGUAAGCCGUGCAGUGAAACUCUUCCAGGUAGUUUUGAAGUACAUGGGGGUUGAUGCAUCUGACAAAGUAUCACCCUUAAGCAUGGAGGACCAAAUUGAUCUUGUUUCCAAGCUCUAUAAGCAGACGCUGAAGCGUUCUGAACUUCGGGAUGAACUUUUUGUUCAGAUCUCAAAACAAACACGCAACAACCCUGAAAGGCACUGCUUGCUAAAAGCAUGGGAGCUAAUGUAUCUAUGUGCAUCUGCAAUGCCUCCUAAUAAGGAUAUUGGGGGUUAUUUGUCCGAGUAUGUCCAUAGUGUAGCCCAUGAAGCAAAUUCAGAUCCUGAAGUUCAAACCCUCGCUUUGAAUACAUGGAAUGCUUUGAAGCGCUCAGUGAAGGCUGGACCCAGGCAUACAAUUCCUGGCAGGGAGGAAAUUGAAGCUCUUCUAACUGGUAGAAAGCUCACAACAAUUGUAUUUUUUUUAGAUGAGACAUUUGAAGAAAUUUCUUAUGACAUGACAACCACAGUUGCUGAGGCCAUUGAGGAACUUGCUGGAAUCAUCAAGUUAUCGGCUUACACUACAUUCAGUCUAUUUGAAUGUCGAAAACUGGUCACUGGUUCUAAAUCACUUGACAAUGGAAAUGAGGAAUAUAUCGGGUUGGAUGACAACAAAUAUAUUGGGGAUUUGCUGGCUGAAUUCAGGGCAGAAAAAGAUCGUAGUAAAGGAGAUAUAUUGCACUGCAAACUUUCCUUCAAAAAGCGAUUGUUUCGGGAGUCAGAUGAAGCAGUAGUGGAUCCGAUGUUUGUACAAUUGUCCUAUGUUCAGCUACAACAUGACUAUGUUCUGGGUAAUUACCCUGUUGGAAGGGAUGAUGCAGCACAGCUAUCUGCAUUGCAAAUAUUGGUCGAAAUGGGAUUCAUUAAUAGUCCAGAAACUCACAGCGACUGGACAUCACUCCUUGAGAGAUUUUUACCAAGACAAAUUGCAAUGACUCGGGGAAAGAGGGACUGGGAGACGGAUAUCAUUUCUCGUUAUCGCUCAAUGGAACACCUUUCAAAGGAUGAUGCAAGGCAACAAUUCCUUCGUAUCUUGAGAAACCUUCCUUAUGGAAACUCAGUUUUCUUUGGUGUCCGUAAGAUAGAAGAUCCAAUUGGGCUUCUGCCUGGUCGAAUCAUUUUAGGCAUUAACAAGCGUGGGGUUCAUUUCUUUCGUCCUGUUCCAAAGGAAUACUUGCAUUCUGCUGAAUUAAGAGAUAUCAUGCAAUUUGGCAGUAGCAAUAUUGCUGUGUUUUUCAAGAUGAGAGUUGCAGGUGUACUUCACAUUUUUCAGUUUGGAACUAAGCAGGGGGAAGAAGUUUGUGUUGCACUCCAGACACACAUAAAUGAUGUUAUGCUUCGCAGAUAUUCUAAGGCACGUUCUACUGCUAGUGGCUCUCUUCAGGGAGAUCUUUGUCAGAAUGUUAAGGCCCCUGGCCUCGAUAUAUAUGAAAAACGUGUGCAAGAGUUGUCUAAAGAGCUACAAGAUUCUAAAAAAAAAUUAAGUUAUUAUCCUUUACAGUUACUGGAAGAUCUUCGUGUAAAACAAAAGCAAGAGAUGGAAAUGUAUGAAGAGUUGGAAGGGCUGAAAGAUGCAUUGAAAUCUGAGAGACAGAACGUGAGUGAUGUUAUUCAAGACCGGGAUAAGUAUAGAAUGUUAUUUGAAGAAAAGGAUUCUGCCUUGCAGGCAGCGUCGGUUGAAAAAAAUAGCAUUGAGGCUGCGUUAGCAGUGAUGCCAAAUGGAAAUUCUUUAUCUUCACAAAGAAAUGCUGUGAGGGAACCUGCCUCUGCAAUGUCUGACCGAGCUGGGGAAUCUUCAUUACUCUUUACAGGAAGAACACAGAAGUCUGUUGCAACUUCUGAGGUGCAUAGUAAACUACAAUUACAAUUGAAAACAAGGACAGAAGAACUGCAUGCAGCUGAGGAGACAAUCAAGAGAUUGAGUAAUGAAAAACAGUUGUUGGAGCAAAGAGUUUGUAGGCUUGAAAAGAAGAAAGCAGAUGAGAUAGAAGUUCUUGAGAGGAAUUUCAAACAAGAGUACGAAACAUUCAGGCUGCGAAUAUCUGAAUUGGAAAAGAAGCUAAGUGAAAGUACAAAAGAUUUGGCUGUUGCAGAGUCCACUCUGACAAUCAGGAAUACAGAGUUGGAAACAUUGCAAAGUAAUGUAAAGGAACUAGAGGAACUUCGUGAAAUGAAAGAGGACAUUGAUAGAAAGAAUGAGCAGACUGCUGCAAUUAUAAAGAAACAGGGAGCACAAUUGGUUGAAUUAGAAGCACUCUACAAGGAAGAGCAACUUUUAAGAAAACGCUAUUUCAAUACUAUUGAAGAUAUGAAAGGAAAGGUCCGUGUCUUUUGCCGCUUGCGUCCAUUAAAUGAAAAGGAAAUUAUGGAAAGAGACCGAUGUGUUCUUACUGCUCUUGAUGAAUUUACAAUUGAACAUAUGUGGAAAGAUGAUAAACUUAAACAGCACCAGUAUGAUCAUGUAUUUGAUGACCGUGCUUCCCAGGAGGAUAUAUUUGAGGAUACAAAGUAUGUGGUUCAAUCUGCUGUUGAUGGAUAUAAUGUUUGCAUAUUUGCGUAUGGGCAAACUGGAUCCGGGAAAACAUUUACAAUUUAUGGAUCUGAAAGCAAUCCAGGUCUCACCCCUAGAGCAACUGCUGAACUCUUCAAGAUUUUGAGGCGGGACAGGAAUAAAUUUACAUUCUCAUUGAAGGUGUAUAUGUUAGAGUUGUAUCAGGAUACUCUUGUAGAUCUCCUCAUACCCAAACACUCAAAGCGUCAAAGGCUUGAAAUUAAAAAGGAUUCGAAGGGUAUGGUGGUUGUAGAAAAUGUAACAACUGUGUCUGUUUCAAGCCUUGAAGAAUUGAACUCCCUUAUUUUUAAAGGAUCAGAGCAACGUCAUACAUCUGGAACUCAAAUGAAUGAAGAAAGUUCAAGGUCACAUUUGAUUCUUUCAAUUGUUAUUGAAAGCACCAAUCUUCAAACCCAAUUCCAAGCCAAGGGGAAGUUGAGUUUUGUGGAUCUUGCUGGUUCUGAAAGGGUAAAGAAAUCAGGUUCUUCGGGGAAUCAAUUGAAAGAAGCACAAAGUAUUAACCGCUCGUUGUCGGCCUUGGGUGAUGUUAUUAGUGCUUUAUCAACAGAGGGGCAGCAUAUACCUUACAGGAAUCACAAACUGACAAUGCUCAUGAGCGAUUCACUUGGGGGCAAUGCAAAGACUCUGAUGUUUGUAAAUGUCUCUCCAGCUGAGUCUAACUUGGAUGAGAGCCACAACUCACUCUUGUAUGCUUCGAGAGUGCGUGCCAUAAUCAAUGACGCAAGCAAAAAUGUGACAACAAAGGAAGUUGCACGGUUGAAAAAAUUGGUGGCUUACUGGAAGGAACAGGCAGGCAGGAGAGCAGAUGAGGAUGAGCUAGAAGAAAUUCAGGAAGAGAGAACCCCAAGGGAUGCUAAGGGCCUGCCAUAAACCUCUGUAUACCAUUGUGAAGCACUUUGCUUCUAUCUAUCCGAGGAUCUCUCUCUAGCAGUUCUCCAUGGGAAACUCAGCAUGGUGAAAUUGGUCCAUUUUUUUUGAAAUGAAAAAAGGAAAUUGGUCAUCUAUUAAAAGACCACAGGAAAAAAAAAAAGGGAAAAAUCUUACAGAAUUUUUUUUACAUAUCAAGGUCUAUUACGGGGUUGCUUGUCUUCGAAACAACUCGUUUAUGGGGAGCUCAAGAAGUGCAGGUGAAAUUGGAAUCACCGCACCACAUAUAAGGGAAUUAUCGACCCUUUACGCUGCAUAACAAUUGUAUAUAUACGUAGUUAGUGUGUAUAAAUAGUGGUAUGCUGUGCUUCUAUUUUCCCAUGUUUAUUUGUUCUAAAUCUGAUGGAUAUUUGGAAAUUCUCUUGUACUUUAAUGUAUUAUACUGGUAUCUUGCGCUUCUAUUCUCUCAUGUUUAUUUGUUGCUCUGAAUGUUAUGGAUUUGGAGAAUUC